UUCGUUCGGUCAAAGCACCAAAGGAGUAUCCAGGAAAGAUGCCACGGCAAGGACCUGCGGGUGCCGGGCCGCAGCUGGGCGAAUCCGCAUCCUGUGACAUCUUGCCCUGUCAAGUGCAAUUACUGUAAUCUUCCACAGCCUCUCAAAAUACGGAUCUCGGCUUAGAAACCGGGCAUCCACAGCAUGAAAGCUGCCUUUGUGCCCGGGCAGAGCCUGGGUGCGAGCCAGCCGUUAGGUGCAUGAAGAAAAUGAGUUCUCCACGUGCUGGAAGAAGGGAGGAAAAGCAAGCUUUCCCACCCGAGCCCGCCACAGACGGGCUGGAUUGCACCCACGUCUCCCCAGAGCAGCCGCCGAGGGGCCGGGAGCAGCACGGCCGCCUGUCCCCGCGGGAGUGACGGGGCCGUGACCGCAGAGCCGAGAGAGGAGCGCGGCCGACACAGCCCACCAUGGGGGCCUCCCACGGGAAAAAGAAAGAAUAUUCCCUUCAGUCCAAGGGUCCAAAUGGAAGCAAGAAGCCAGGGAGUGGCAGUUCAGCAUCGAUGUACACGGAAAUACAGCGGGAGCGACCAGAUGGUGGAAAUAUCCUGACUCACCCAGACUACAUAGAUGGGAACCCAGACCUCAUCAAACCUAAAAAGCUCCUAAAUCCUGUAAAAGCCUCCAAGAGCCAUCAAGAACUGCACAGAGAGCUGCUGAUGAACCACAAAAGAGGUUUGAGUGUGGAGAGCAAGCCAGAGCUGCAGCGAGUGCUGGAGCACCGACGGCGAGACCUGCUCAUCAAACAGAAGAAGGAAGAGGAAGAGGCAAAGAAAUUGCAGUCUCCUUUUGAAAAGGAGCUAUUAAAGAGGCACCAGAGGCUGGAUCAGCUGGAGAAAGAGCAGGAGAAGCAGGAAGACCAUGCACCAGAAUUCAUUAAAGUCAAGGAAAACCUGAGAAGAACAUCAACGGUGACGGGGGACGAGAAAGCAGCAUAGCUUCUGCCAAAACCCAACAGGAUCCUACCGAGGCAAACAACCCCGCUGAAAUCUCUGUACAUGGUGGACAUUCCCAGCCACGCCAUUGGGGCUACUUGCAGUUAUUAACACUUGCUCCAGUAGAAGGCACAGAAAAGGUUUUCCCAGACCAGGAGGGAAUCACUGUGGAAAAAGUGCAGUAUUCACCAAAGUACUCACACAAGUGGAUGCAGAGAGAAUGGUGUUAUUUUCCCCCCAGACUGUGGGUGCACACUAACCAGCAGCUAACUCUUGGUUAACUCUACAGACACAGUGAAUAUUUAAAACAGGGAAGUCUGUGUAGCAACAGUUUGGGGGACCCCUGCUUCUUGGAGGCAGGUUUGCCAGGUACAAGGGGACAAGAGGGCAGCUGCAGCUCUGGAGAACCUCCUAGAAACCUGGUAACUAAAAGGGACAACCUGUUUAUUACUGAGAACAUCCCAGGAGACCGUAAUGGCUUUCCCAAGGGUCACUGGCUUUGCACCAGUGUGCCAGUCAAGCAUGGCUGUGCUGUGUGUCUCAGCAGCACACCUCCACUAUCAGAAAAACAAACCUCUGUGCCCUUACCAGUGCAGCACAAGCAGGUGCAGCUGUGCUUCACAAGCACCUUUAAACAGCAUUUCAGCCCUGCUUGAAAGUGGCUUUUUAGGCAACUCCAUGCUCAGGCAGAAGAUACAUUGGGCUGUUCCCCCAACACCCCAGGUGGAAGGCAAAUGCUCCGUGCAGAAAGCAAAGGCUGGGUGUUCCCAGCACGGGUGUCCAUGGAAGUGUGCAGUGACCAGGCAGCAGAUCCCUGUAGACGCAGCAGACAGACAAACUGCUUCUUGCCCCUGCACCACUGAGCUUCAUCCCCUCGCCCAGCAGCUGGACAUGUGCUACCGUAGGGACUCACCAGAAACGCCCUGUGAUGGAGAGGAGGUGAUGUGCUCAUGUCCCACCAGUUCCAAGCUGUCCUGUUAACCAUCCUGCUGGUAUCUGUAGGCACCAGGGGUUACAGGGCAUGUAGGUCCUGAUGCAAAACUCCUUGUCAGUGCUUCUCAUCCUCUUGUCCAGAGGUCAGAGCUGCCUCAUUGCAGCUGCCACUUUACAAAGCUAAAACUCUUCUUUGCUGCUGGUAUAGGCAAGCUGAGGUGGAUGGUGCAUUUGCACCAUGUAUGGACAGAGCCUGUCACACUUACGGGACACCCGUGCCCUGGGAUAACCACAUCUAGAGCUAGAAGUGUGUUUUCAGAAAUAUCUCAGCUUCUUGCUUCUCACAUCAACCCUGAUACAAAGCCUGAACAGCAUAACUCAUCGACUGCCUUUGGACACUGACUCUUGAAUGGCCUCAGCAGACCUCAUCAGCUGGGCAGGUAAUACCCGGUUAAUCAACAUUUAUUAUCCACAUCUACAGUGGAUCUAUAUGUAACUUAAGGGAAACUGGGCAUUUAUAGAUAUUUAUAAAACGUUACUAAUCCACUCUCUAGUCUCCUGGUCCAGUGGGAUGUUUCAUUUCAGAGGGCUGUGGCUUGACCUGGCAGCUUGAGUAAAACAUCUGAGCCACAUCACGUGUCAAGAGCAGUGAUACAGGUAUGGAGCUACUGGACAGUGAUAGACUGGACUAUAAAAGCCCUUAACUCAGCUUCAGUCCUUGAGCACCCCAUCUCAUGGCACUGUUUCUGCUGUAGUUUUUAAGACCCUUGCUAAUAUGCUUAUACUAAACAUGAUUUUAUUUCAGAGAUCCAGUGCUUAUUGUCACUAUGGGUCAAACAAGAUUUGAAAGGAUCUAUUAACAGCCUUUCCAACUGUGAAGCUUUUUAUACAGGUUAUGAUUAAAAACCAUAAGGAAGAA